AUGAAGUUUUCCAUCUACAACUUCAACGGAUCCAAGAAGAAGAAAGCUGUGUGCUUCAACAUUGUGGCUCUUUCGAUUGCUGUUCUCGUGUUGGUUGGACAAGUUAACAGCGCAGGAGCGAAGAAUGUUGGUCUGGGCAAUCACAUUUUGAAGAAAGGAAAGGUGAAUCUUGCUGCAGGCUCAGAUGUCGUUGCCAACAAUAAAGACAUUGAACAAUACAAGGCUAAGUUUCCUGAUGCUUGCGAUGUUGACUUUGAUAGCGAAGGAAAUAUCGUUCUUCACUACAAAAGUCAAGGUGCGACAAAGGACAAAGGCUGCACGGUGGAUCUUCUAACAAAUAUAAGGAAUAAGAUUCUUUUCACAGCCGGGUUGAUUGUGACAAAGGACAUUGGUACUUGCCUGACCUGGAAUUUUAAUGAGAACACAUUGCCUUUUGCCUACAGCUUGCUAAAUGAAGAAAUCAGACAAUUCCACAAUGGUCCGAUCUUCAGUAAGGAUGGCGGAUGUUGUGCAGGCACUUGUAUGAAACGAACGGGCCUUGAAGUUUCAUGGUGGCUAUAUGAAGAUAGGCAAAGAUUUGACAUCGUGCUAAAUGCAAAUCCAAUUGGUAUGGGACUAAUCAACCAAACCGGUCAAGCUAAAUCAACAGUGGAAAAGAAAAAAGAGUACCCGACAGUUGAGAUAUCGGAUCAACCUCCAAGAUAUCAGAUCAACUUUCCGGGGACACCUAUUGCGACUACCAGAGGUUCUUGCAUUGAAAACAUCCUGCUCUCGCCUAUCACAUGGGAAAUCGACGGUAAAAGUCCAGAUCCAAAAAUGAAUCGCUUGUUGGUUUUUCAUCUUCUCCCUCAACGUGCAUCGCGAAUAAGAGAAUGGAUUGGUAAUGAAUAUAAAAUAAAAGGAAAUCCGCCGCAAGGACCCAAAUGUGAUGACCUAACUAUCAAAUUCGUAAGUGAUAACCAAAUUAACUACUCAUUAUUAAUUUAUUUUAACAAAUUUAGUCGAAGAGCAACUACAAAUUGCUUAAUGUUCUUUCUUCUCCUGAUAUAA